CGCCUCACAUUUUGCGUCAUCACUGUGUGACCUGUUCUGACAGGCAAUGUGGCUCAAGUCACUGUUUGUGGAAGUUUCGAUAUUUUUCACUGAUCUCCUGUAACGCUGGGAGAAUGUCCAUGGAUAUGACUUUCCUCGGAACCGGGUCGGCUUAUCCGUCUCCUCACCGCGGCGCCUCGGCCGUGGUGCUGCGGACGGACGGGGAGUGCUGGCUGUUUGACUGCGGAGAGGGAACCCAGACCCAACUGAUGAAGAGCCAGCUCAGAGCCGGGCGCAUCACUAAGGUGUUCAUCUCCCACCUGCAUGGCGAUCACCUGUUCGGGUUGCCUGGUCUCCUCUGCACCGUGAGCCUCAACACCAACCCCGACAUGGAGCAGAGCCUGAAAUGUGUGGACAUCUACGGGCCCCGGGGCCUCAGGAAGUUUCUCAGAGUGACUCUUGGGCUCACAGGGUCACAGCUGCUCUUCUCAUAUGCAGUGCAUGAACUGGAGUCCACGCCAGACCAGAGUCCAGAAGAUGGACAGCUGAGUCUGGAGAUGACUGUGAACUCCAGUCCUCCCCAUCCACAGGAGCAGCCUGGCAGGACGAUUCCUCUGGACGUUUCCGACGACUGUUACCUCCUUUUCCAAGACAACAAGUUUGUUGUCAAGGCCUUCAGGCUGUUUCACCGCAUCCCUUCCUUUGGCUUCUGCAUCCAGGAACAUGGUCGUCCCGGAAAACUGAAAAAAGAACUACUGAAGGAGCUCGGUCUUAAACCAGGCCCUCUGUAUGGCCGUCUCAAAGCUGGCGAGUCUCUGGUUCUUGACAGUGGACGUUUACUGCAUCCCAGUGAGGUUCUGGAAGCAGAUAUUCCCGGGAGGAAAGUCUGUGUGUUCGGAGACUGUAGCUCGGUGAUCGGUGAAGGAGCUUUCCGUCUGUGCGACAGGGCGGACGUUCUGGUCCACGAGGCCACCCUUGGGAACGAGCACCGGGAGAAAGCUGUGGACCACGGACACAGCACGCCUGAGAUGGCAGCGGCCGUGGCUCGGACUUGCUCUGCACGGAGGCUGGUCCUUUAUCAUUUCAGUCAGCGCUACAAACCCAGUUCCCUACAGAAGGAGGGAGACGAGGACGAGGUCUCAGAGCUCAAGAAGCAAGCUGACCAGGCUUUACAGGACACUGGGGUAGAGGUGAUUCUGGCAGAGGACUUUAUGACUAUCCCCAUUCCCCUCAUAAGACAACCGUCCAGUUAAGGUUUGAUGCAAGUGGAUAUGAUUAAUUUGACGUGUGUAAUUUAGUUCUCAAGAUCACUGACUUUCAUUUCCUUGUUCACUAUAAAAUAAAAAAUGUCACCCAGAUAUACCAAUACACACUAAAGCUUUUCUUAUAAUGCUUUUUUUUCUCAACUUUCUUUAAAGUCAAGUAAAGCUAAUUAUUCACAUCCUCCAGCAGGUUCUGGCAUAACUUCUGUUUGAUGACAAAUGAAGGUUAACUGUCUGUAUUGCAGUAAAUGCUUGCUAAUAACUCAAGUAUAUAAUGACAAUUGUUUAAUGCAGCAUGCAAGUUGAAGACAUUAGGAAACUUCCACUAGUUUAACCUGAUUAAAAACCAGCUCCUUGUUCUACAGUAAGUCUGGACCCCCAGCUAUUGACAAAUGACCGCUUGCUGGAGGAUUGGGCUUUUAAUAAACCUGAAGUGUAGGAGUGUUUUAUUAGCUGUUCAAUAUUUAUCUUUAAGAUAACGGUUCUCACUUUCUUCUACUUGCUGGACAAAUCUCCCUGUAAAACUUUCACCUCAGGUAUUUACAUUUAAGGAACAGAGAGCUUUCUAUCACUGUUUUUAUCUUUAGUAAAAGUUAUUGAUGCUUAAUCAUGCUUUGGUAACUUAUCUGUAUUUAUUUAUUUUUUCAUGCCUUUUUCAAAAUUCCCAGUUUCUGUCAGAUGAAUCUUACAAACCUGGAAAAUUGUUUUAAAAAGUAUUAAUCUACAAUAGGGUUAAGUUGUGACUGUUAGUUUGGCACCCAUUUUUCAGGGAUGUUAACUUUUCUUCUACAGCUGUUUUUUUUUUUUUCCACAUUUCAUCACCUACACCUGCCUUGAAUAUGCUGGCCUUACUGUAAUAUUACUAAAGACAAAAAAAGUAUGCAAUCAUCUCUGAAGUUUUUCCAGAGCUUUAUUUCUGGAUCUGUACACAAGGUAUUAAAGUACAACAGAAAAUACAAAAUAAUGUUUAACAAAAGAAAAAAAAAAAAAACAGCAAUGUUUAUGUACAAUUCUUAUAAACAAUAAAGAUAGCUUCUUGAA